UGUGCAAGCUCAUGGAUAUCGAAACCCGGUAGAGCCACCAGUGCCUGGAUUUCCUGCGGGCUGAGAGAUCUCAUGAAUGCCCUGCGUGGGAGAGCUCUGGCACUCAACAGGCUGCCCGCUGCUGCCAGAGCUUCUUUCAUUUUCACUUUUCUGCGCGCUUUUCUGUGCAGCUCCACCCGCGCUCCAGAAGCCCGUCCGUGGCGGAGGCUCCGGUUGUGUGUCCGCAGCAGCCUCUGGAAGGAGCCCCAGCUGCCCAGGCGGGAGCGCAGAGCUCGGGAACCGCAGCGCAGGAAACCCGGGGCUGGCGGCUGGAAGCUGCUCCGUGCUGCCGUGGGUGCUGAGGACAAGCUGCUGCCGUGGGCGCCGGGGACAAGCUGUUGCUGAUCCCCCUGUCAGCCGCAGAUGUCCCGGGAGCCGCGGCGGGCGCGGCAGCGCUGUGCCCCGCGGAUCCCGCAGGCCCGCGGCGGGCGGGCACAGCGCGCCGUGUUCGUGCUGCUGGGGCUCUGUGCCGGGGCUCUGCUCCUCGCCGGGCAGCCCCUCGUGCCCACCGCCCGCAGCCUCGCCUUCCACUUCGCCACCCUGCAGAUCGGGGAGCUGCUCAAGGGCGCCUGCUACCUGGCCGAGGAGAUCUUCCACCUCGACACCAGGUGAGCCAGCGGGGCUGGUUGCCUGCCUGGGUGAUCCUGGGACCACCCUGGGGACAAGCGUGUUGAACACUCGAGAUGUGAUGAGGCACCAUGGCAGCUUCUGGAGGGCCCUGAGCACCUGCUUCCCCCCACACUGGCACGGGCCCAUGCUGCUCGUCUGUGGCUCAGCCUACGUGGCUCUCUUUGGUGAUGGGCAGCAACUUGGCCUCCACCUCAUCCUGGCCAGUCUGUGCCAGCUCCUCCUCCUUGCCCUGGGGCUCCGGAAGCCCUCAGCAGUGGAGAUGUCUGAGAUGUCUGAGAGGUCCAAGCAGAACGUUGCUAAUGGGCUUGCCUGGUCCUUUUAUGUUGGGUACCUAAAAAUAGUCCUGCCACGGGUGAAAAAGUCCAUGGAGGAAUUCAGCAGAGCCAAUCCCAACCUGCCAGCAUGCAGAAAGACCUGGAAGCUCCACAUCUUGGUCCCUCUGAGCUGUGAUGUCUAUGAUGACCUGGAGAAAGCUGACAGCAAUAUCCAGUAUGUGACAGAGCUCACUGAAACCACCCUGGCCCGAGCUGGCAUCAAAAAGAGGGUCUACAAACACAGCCUCUAUGCAAUCACAGAUGAAGAAAACCAGCUCUGGCACUGUGCUGUGGAAUAUGCCACCCCACUGCAGACCCUGUAUGCCAUGUCCCAGGAUGAGUGUGCUGCCUUCAGCCGGGAGCAGCGCCUGGAGCAGGCCAAGCUUUUCUACAGGACCUUGGAGGAGAUCCUGAAAGGCUCCAAGGAGUGUGCAGAUACAUACAGGCUCAUUGCCUACGAGGAGCCAGAAGAAGCAGAGACCCACUUUUUGUCCAGAGAGAUCGUGUGGCACUUGCGGCAGGAGCAUCACGAGGAGAUUGCUGUGCUCGAGGGGAGCCACCCGCCCAGCCCAUCCACAACCCUGGACUCGGCAGAGCUCAACCUGCAGAUCAGUGUGUCAGACCUGCCACAGCCCCUGCGCACUGAUGGCUUCUGACACAGCCCCUCACUGCCCCUGGGGGUUUGGCUCACCCUUCCCCAGCCCCUUCCUCCUGGAGCAAGUGCUAUCCAUGGCUGCAACCCCCAGCUCCCAUCCAAACCUCCUGUGCACCACGGUUACUGGAGCAGCUGACUCAGCCCACAGCCCUGUGACAAGCUUCCCAUUUUCUUUGUUAUGUACAGCUCUGAUGUUCUUCUGUGGGUGUAUUGUUUUUUUUAUCUGUUUUAAUUUGUGUCAUAUAAAGCACUUUCCUCUCUGGGA